GUACAAAUAAAUAGUUCAAGAAUUGCGAUCAUAUUUUGAGCCACAUUUGCCACAAGUAGUACUGAUUGUCAUUAAUUGUCACACAAUGGGUAACAAGGAUUUGGUUAAAUUAUGUGUCGUUUGUGGCGAUCGAGCGACUGGCUAUAAUUUCAACGCUGUCUGCUGUGAGUCGUGUAAAGCCUUCUUCAGGAGGAAUGCCUCCAAAUAUGAGUAUCUAACUAAAUAUCAUAAAUUGUUUGAUCACUCAAUUAAUCCGAUUGUCUCUCUGGAGGGAUUCAAAUGUCACUUCGAGAACAACUGCCGAAUCGAUUUGGUUUCGCGAAAGUUCUGCAAAAAGUGUCGAAUGAAGAAGUGUUUCGACUUAGGCAUGAAAAAGGUGUCCAUUUAG